AGAAGUGGAUGAACGCUGUCAUCAGAGGAAAAGUAGAAUCACUGAAAUUUAACACGGCAAGGUAUAGCCGAUGGAAUUGAAAAUAAUUUUAAAAAUUACAAACAGAGAUUUUUUUGAAAAUGAUUUAUUAGGCGGGAUUAGAAAUUCAAUUAAGAUUAAAAGUAGUACCAUCUCCGGAAUCAUUUCAAGAAAAAACUUCAUUGUCAUUAACAAUCAAAUUAAUAUAUGUAUAAUGUAGAUAAUAAAAAUUCUAACCUCAUGCUAUAAAUUAUUUAUAAAUAAAUUUUAUUUUGAAAUUUUGAAAAUUAUUUUAAAAGCUGCAUUCCAUACCUCGCUGUGAAAUUUUUUUCAUGAUUCUACUUUUUCUUUUGAUGACAGAAUUCAUUCUUCUCUUAGCGUAUAGUUUGCGGAUUAGUUUUAUUGCAGUUUCAUUAUAUUAAUUUAUUUUAUUCAACCAUGAAGCGACACAUGCAGUUCCCCGUCGCCAAAGCAAAAAAAUCAACAUCGCAAAAUCUGGCGAGCGUUGAACCGUUGCCGGUAUGUUCGCGCGAUACUCUCGCGAACGAACGGGUCGUGGCAAUUUUCACUGGCCUCACGAUAGAGGUUUGUGACCGUGCUGGAAUUGAGCAACUCGUACUCGGAGGAUGUUUUGGCCAAGGAACUCUGUCGCGGUCGUUUCCGAAGUCGGUACGUGAUCCAAACAUUGAUAAGGCAGGGGAAGAAGUGAUUCGCAGCAGACAGUUUGAAAGGCGUGAAGAGUGGCACCGAAAGUAUAAAGUCAGAACUUCUGGGAAAGUGCGUGUGCUGGAAGAUGCAGUGGAACAGCAGUUGUCCAGCGGUGCAAUUAAUAACAACCAGUUGAAAUAUGCAUUGGGGGAAUCGCUAGACAAUCCGUAUCCGGUUCCGGAAUAUUUAAGUCUUAUGUUUGAAGAAUCGUUAUUUUUAGUGAAAGAAUUGAGAUGUCUUGAAGUGCGGACUUUAAAUGGUGCUGUUAUGUCUGAAGAAAACUUAGUACAAACUUUUACGAAAUUAAACAGAAACUUUGUAGCUUCUUAUGUAGGCUAUGUCUAUUUGAGGUCCAAAAACUGGGUUGCGAAAUCAGGACUUAAAUUUGGUGGUGAUUUCAUUCUUUAUCAAAAAGGUCCACAGUUCUUCCACGCCUCAUACAUCGUUCUCAUUGAACCGUACUGGAAUGAUGAAAAGCUCCCCAAAUGUGCGCACUAUAUUGAUAAUUAUGAUUUCCACGGUUUCAAUCGAAUUGGUGAAACUACUGCCAAAGAUUUGCUAAUAUUGGAAGUCCAUUUCCCAAUUGAUCUGGACCCACAAGACAACGAGGCUGCCAUUAGCCGAAUGAGCGAGUUCAAAGUUAGUGAAGUGUUUCCUAAGCAUCACAACUACGCAGCCAAUCGAAUGUGUCAUCUAGCGGGAACAUCUAGCCGUAAGUAGUUCGUCACUAUUAUAUAUUUAACCGGUAACAUUAUUUUUACAAACAAUUUAAAUACAUUCGUGCACCCUA